CGUCACGUGGGCAUCUCCUUGAGCGCAAACUCUAAUCGAUUGGGAUUGUAGCGUACUCACACCAACACGGUGCCUUGUUUUGGUUUACAGCUACUGGAUUUAUUAACAAAGUGGAGAAGAGAACUUUACAUUCAUCGGCUUCGUAUCACAUUGGACUCUAACAUAUUUUGAAAAGAUAAUAGAAUGCACUGAUACAUGUUUUAUUUUUAUGGGUUGCACUUUUGCAAACAGGGCUAUCGACGGGACAAGGCUGGUUUUGGUGGUUACCGAGCAUGCGAAAUGGGGUCAUAUGCUGACGGGGCUUGUUUUGAACUCCGGACUGAAGUGAGUUUUCCCAUAUUUUGGUAGGCAACUUUUUGUCAUCAUAAUGAAAGGACAAAUUCAUAAAGAGUAUAUUAUUUUACGUUCUUAGGGAGAAAAUGUAGCAUACUGCUUAGAAAUUCUACUGCAGCAUCAACAGUUUGACAGCACUUAUUGGUUUAGCGCCGUUAGUUUAGCUAAUUGAGACGUAUGCCAUAGCAUAUUCAUAAUUAAGUUCCACACUAACUCGUUUUCAAUGGCUAUAUUAGGAUCUAAAUACCCUAAUAUUUUUUGCUUUUUUAUUUCAGUAAGAACAGUUGUAUUUUUAAAUACAAGUACUAUUUAAAAUUCCAAAAAUGGCUAGCCCAACUACAGAGGAGCAGGGUUGUUUUUCAGAUGUAAGAAAGGUGGGUUAUUUAAGGAAACCUAAAAGCAUGCACAAGAGGUUUUUUGUCCUGCGGGCUGCUAGUGCUGCAGGACCCUCCAGGUUGGAGUACUAUGAAAAUGAAAAAAAAUGGAGACACAAGUCUGGGGUGCCUAAAAGGUCAAUCCUGCUGGAGAGCUGCUUCAACAUAAAUAAAAGGACAGAUUCCAAAAACAAAUACCUGGUGGCUCUUUACACCAAGGACGAGUAUUUCUCUAUUGCAGCGGACAGCGAGCAGGAACAAGACAGGUGGCACCAAGCACUAGUGGACCUACACAACAAAGGUAAAGUUCAUGAUGCUGCUGUUGGUGGCAGUGGGAUGGCAGAGGAGAAUUAUGGAGAAGAAACCAUGCCAGGACCUGCCUUUAAAGAAGUCUGGCAAGUUAUUUUGAAACCAAAGGGCUUGGGACACACCAAAAAUUUUAUUGGGAUUUACAGAUUGUGCCUAACAAAUAAAACCAUCAGCUUUGUGAAAUUGAACUCGGACGCAGCGGCGGUCGUGCUGCAAUUAAUGAAUAUACGGAGAUGCGGUCAUUCAGAGAAUUUCUUUUUCAUUGAAGUGGGAAGAUCCGCAGUCACAGGACCGGGGGAAUUUUGGAUGCAAGUGGACGACUCUGUUGUUGCUCAAAAUAUGCAUGAAACCAUCCUGGAGGCGAUGAAAGCGAUGAGUGAGGAAUUUCGUCCCCGGAGCAAAAGCCAUUCCUCGUCAAACUGCUCCAACCCAAUCUCUGUGCCUUUGAGAAGGCAUCACCACAACAACCUGCCACCUAGCCAAGUGGGACUGGGAAGGAGGUCCCGGACUGAGAGUGUGACGGCCACCUCGCCUGCUGGCCCGGGAAAGCACAGUCAUUCAUUCAGAGUGAGGGCCUCUAGUGAUGGGGAAGGAACCAUGUCCAGACCUGCCUCAGUAGAUGGGAGCCCCUGUGCUGCCAGGACACAAUCUCACAGACACAAAGGGGCCUCCCGCCUCCACCCUCCCCUCAACCACAGCAGGUCUAUCCCCAUGCCCUCUUCGUGCUGCUCCCCCUCAGCAAUUAGCCCAGUUAGCCUGUCCUCCAGCAGUACGAGCGGGCACGGCUCCACUUCAGACUGUCUCUACCCCUGCCGCUCCAGUGCCUCCAUAUCUGGCUCUCCUAUUGACGGGGGAUUCAUUUCCUCUGAUGAGUAUGGAUCCAGCCCCUGUGACUUCAGGACCUCCUUCCGCAGUGUCACACCUGACUCCUUGGGUCACACACCGCCCGCCAGGGAGGAAGAACUCAACAACUACAUCUGCAUGGCAAAGCCUGCAACUCUUCUGAGGGGCCACUGUGGCUGCAGCCCCCACCCCCAUGGUACGCCAUCCCACCUGGACGAGCCUGAGCUGGAGAAGUGCUUCGGGAAACGGACACACUCCUCGAGCACAUCUCCCUUGACAGUGUGCCACCAGAAGACCCCCUCUCAGUCCUCCACAGUAUCGCUGGAGGAGUACACAGUAAUGCAGCCUGCAUACUCGUCAUGCAGCCGAGCAUCCAGCUACAGGCACUCUGCCUUCAUGCCCACACACUCAUUCCCAGAGGAGGGCAUAGACAUCCCCUUAGAGGGCAACAGGGUGAGCCAAAAAGAUGAUGGCUACAUGCCUAUGACCCCAGGUGUGGCACCUGCCACAGGUAGAAGUGCCGACUACAUGCCCAUGAGCCCCAAAAGUGUGUCGGUGCCACAGCAGAUUAACUCCCACCAGCACCCCAAAAUGGACUCCAAUGGGUACAUGAUGAUGUCACCCAGCGGGAGCUGCUCACCAGACACCACAAACUACGGUCAAAUCUGGACCAAUGGGGUCAACCCUAAGCUGUCUGUCGAGAGCACAGAGGAGAAAUUGUUGUCGCAUGGGGAUUACAUGAACAUGUCACCGGCGAGCUGCUCCAUGACUAGCACACCGCCAGACUGCUACAUCAACCUGGUAGAGGAUCCACCCAAGUCCAUAUAUGCCUACUUUUCCUUGCCUCGCUCUUUUGAACACAGCCACAGGAAGCUGGACCAGAACCCCCUGCACCUUUCGCUCAGCUCUGGACACCUGGCCUUCGGGGACUCUUUAGCCUCGUCCACGAGCAGCGACAGUCUGAUGGGACAGGGCCACAGUAGUCAGCCUGUGGUCAAGUCCAAGAGAGCUGAUGUGGACAGCAGGCUGGCCAGGCCCACGCGCCUCUCUCUGGAGGGCAACAAAGCCAGCACCCUGCCUCGCACCCAUGAGUGCCCCUUCCCUACAGAUCCCAAGAGCCCCGGGGAGUAUGUCAACAUAGAGUUCAACGACAAGGCCUUCUCAGCCGGCUUGGCCACUCACUUCUCCCCUGUGUUCCCAGGGAGUGGCCCAGAGAAGCCAGCAGAGAUUUCCUCAGACUACAUGAACAUGCACCUGGGUGCUCAGGGCAGGGGCAUUCCCAACUGGGAAGCCAAACCCCUAGCCUCCUGCACAGAUUGCUAUGCUAUAGUGGCACCUGUUGCUCCCUCCUCCUCUGUAAUCCCCUGUGAGAACCUCUGUAGACGGGACUACAGCAGCACACAGACGGACUACUCUGACACACACAUGAUUCUGAACGCUCCGAUGUUGACCAUUGAUGCCUCCCCCUUCUCUGUGUCCCCUCCAAGCCAGGACCUGUCUGUGCUGGGUGCGGGUCCCAGUGCCGUGCCCUUGGGACUAAUGGGCCCUCUCUCUGGGCUGAGUGCUUUCACCAGGGUUAACUCCAGUUUUAUCUGGAACCAAGGAGCUAAAUUGAUCCGUGCCGACCAGCAGGGCCGGCGCCGGCACAGCUCCGAGACCUUCUCCUCCACAGGAUUCCCGGUCAGCGCUGCCGCGCCCUCUGUGGAGGAAGUGAAACGUCACAGCUCCGCCUCUUUUGAGAAUGUGUGGCUGAAGCCGGGAGAAUCCCCAUUAUCUGCCAACGGGAGGAGAGAAAGCCCAUUGGCGCCCAGCUCUAACGGACAGAACCAGAACAGGCUGAACUACAUCGACCUGGACCUGGCUCAGGACCAGAACCUCCCAGAGUGGAGUUCCCUCCCGGCCAGAGCCAUGGACACGCAAGGUGGGAGUGCCCCAGAGGACCUGCGCGCCUAUGCCAGCAUUAGUUUUCAGAAAGCAGGCGAGUCGAGGAUGAACCCCGCUCACAGAGAAGACCCAGACAGCCCAGGAAAGUUGAGGGAGGGAGAGAGACUGUCUGGGUGCACACUGUUCCUGAAUGAAGAUGGGUGCUCUCCAGUGAAUUUAGACUUCCUUGUCAUAGAACAGACAUCAUAGAAUGGACCUCACAGAUUCACAACCAGACCUCACCAGUCAGGCCCCGCAAACCUGACUUGACAAAACUAUUACUGGACAUUACAAUCCAGACCUCAUAAUCUGGAUUUCACAAUCCUUACUUCUUCAUCUGGAUUUUGCAAUCCAGACUUCACAGCUUGGACAUUGUAAACCAAACCUCACAAUCCAUAAUCUGGACUUCACAACCCGGACCUGCAGUGUUGAUGCUGUAUCCCAGGUCCUCCUCUUCGCACCGGUAUGGUACUACUUAACGGUACUCAGCCUCACCGCACCACUUCCUCAGGCAACAAAGCGGCAAACCUGCCCGGUCUCACCUGAGGACUGCCCAGUCUCAAACCUGCCCAGUCCCCCACGUCAUAUUUCAAUUUUCUUCACUUAUUGGCUUUUUGUUGCUUUUGUUUCUUGUUACGGUCAUUUACAUUUUGGCCAGUUUGGCUUCCAGGCCAGUGUCCCCACCACACAACUCAGGUGCUCCCAUAGCAUCAUACCAAGCCUCCAAAUGGCUACAGUAGUCACUAGUGUUACUUGAACUGUGUCUUCUGUUACAUGCUACUGGGUCCCUCCAUGUCCCUGUCAGCAACAAAUUGUGCUUCAUUCUAGUAGUUUGUAAAUAGGUUCUCUAGAGGAUCCUCUUAAAUAAUGUGGUACAUGAUAUAUAGACACAAUGUCAAUAGUGUUGUAUCAUCUAUUUUAUUUUUAUUUUACCUUUAUUUUACUAGGCAAGUCAGUUAAGAACAAAUUCUUAUUGUCAUUGACGGCCUAGGAACAGUGCCUGUUCAGGGGCAGAACGACAGUCCUUGUCAGCUCGGGGAUUCGAACUUGAAACCUUUCGGUUACUAGUCCAACGCUCUAACCACUAGGCUACCCUGCCGCCCCAUCUAAACAUCCAGUCAGGCAGGAAUAGUCCAUAUCUGAGCUGUUGGUACUAAUAAUGGCUUUCACAGAUCUAAUGGCAGAGCAACUCUAUGUUGCUGUGGAUUUCUAACAUUUCUAUUUCUAUGGUACAGCAUUGUCACCAAGUAUAUGUGGUUGGAGCAAAUCAUAUCAACUCUUAGGGCUACAUUGUAACAGUCUCUUCCCUAGAGGCACCUCUGUAAAGGCUUGGAAGCCAGUAAAGUUGCUUGCGACGUUAUCAUUUUAUUUAGCAUUUUAUUUUUGCAGAAAAACAUGGACUGUAAUAGGUUCACACAAAAAAAGGGCAUAUUUUCUGUCAUUCUUGCUGCUGACGACUUUGACAAACCAUCUCUGUAAAUUAUUGAAUAUAUAAUGUCAAUUGUUUUAAAAGACAAGAUUAUUUAACAUGGUUUAUAUCGGUGCAUUUUGAAUUUAAACUGAAACAUGUCCAAUAUUUUUGUAUCCCUUAUCAAUGGGAAAUCUGCUUCUUACAUAUGAUCCUAUAUAUUCCUGUCCACCUCAUGGGUUUUUGUUCUUUUGUUGAACAUUUCGAAUGUUGUCAAGUGGAUUCUAGGUACUACCCAUGUUAAACAAGAACCCCACUCCUCCAAACACACCAGCACCAUCCCAAUGGGCCUGUUCCUGAGAGUGUUAUACUCCUCUGUUUCUCUAACACUAUAGGCUACAGCUGUGUUGCUCUGUAAUCCUGUAGGCUGCAAUUGUGUAUUUUUCUAACUGGAUUGGCUGCUUUUGUAAUCUAAUAGGUUGCGUUUCCUGCGGCCACCGAACUUCACCUGAAUGCUACUUAUGGGCAUAUUCAGUACGGUGUAAUUCCGAAACACACUGUAGAAAACAAAUUGUGCUAUAUUGCACAUAAUGAGAAACGACAAGAUGAACCUCAAACCUCUCCACCAACCCUGUCUUCCACUGUAAAUAAUGUAUUGUAAGACAACAGAUAAUAGAAAUAAUAAAUGUAUGGGUUGGAACGACUGAAUAUAACAUCAAUGUGGUGAACAACAUGAGUGAAUGUUAUAUAAGAACUAUCAACUGAACAAAUGAAGAAUGAAUGAAUUAAUAAACGCAUGAAUGGAUGUACAAAUUAGCGGAUGAGUAAAUAAAUGCAUUAAAGAAUGACAGGGAUAGCAAGAGCACCAAUAUACUAUAGCUUGGGGCUUUGCAUUCUCAUAUACCCUGUGCCCUUUGCAUAUACCCCCGUACUCUGUUCUGACAGAGUGAAAAAAACUACUCAAAGCUCAAGCCAAGUUUAUUCACCCACUGGGUCAAACAGCUGAAAAGACAACAUGUUUCUACCAGCACAAGUAUUUAUACCCUCCUAUUAGGCUGAGUCUCCUCUUUGCAGAUCUAGACAGCCAAUACAUCUCUGUUGCUAGGCAGGAACUUGGGUGGUGUGUGUUAAAAUGUUCCUUGUCAGUUCUAUUACCUCAGCCCUCAUUCCUCAGUCCUCCCUAAUGCAAGGCUAUCCAACCUUAUCAAUGACUGAAAAUAGACAGUUACCCUCAAUGAGAUUUAACAAUAGCAUAUACUAUGUAAAGUAGUUCUAGUAGUGUAUGAUGACAUGGUCUAAGAUGUUUCUACAACUUGAUUGGAGUCCGCUUUUGGUAAAUUCAAUUGAUUGGACAUGAUUUGGAAGGGCACACACCUCUCUAUAUAAGGUUCCACAGUUGAGCUCGUUGAGCACCAAGACAGGAUUGUGUCGAGGCAAAGAUAUGGGGAAGGGUACCAAAAUAUUUAUAAAAUUGUAUUGUAAUAAUAACGUUAUACAUGUAAAGUAGUAGUAGUAUAGUAGGGUAAGAAACUUUCUGGAACCUCCGUAAUAAAGUAGAUAUUUUUAUAUUUUCUUGUACAA